AUGGCGAUUCUCACCAUGCCUUUUCUACGCCGUCGUGGCAACCUGGCCAGUGAGUCUGAUACACGGCAGCAAGAUCCUAUAUCGAGGAGCGGCAAAGAUGCCGAGAUGUCCACUGCUGCCGCGCGUUCAGAUGGAAAGGCGACAGACCUUAACGACCAAGCCGCCGCCACAACACCCCGCGACUCGACUACCAGCCGGCCUGAUACGUCCCACAAUCAUGAUGACCUCAGCAGACAGAAGCGUUUCUCCGUUCUGAGAUUCAGGAACGCGUCUGAUUCCCAGCUAUCCCUAAAAGCGAAACAGCAAGCGGAACAAUUGCCCCCCCUACCUUCAACUCCCGCCAUCAUUACCACCGCACCGACCAACGAUUUCAACGGCCCUCGCAAAGUCAAAUCGCGGAUGAGCUUGGCUGCUGCCAGGUUUCGUCGCUCCAAUGACAUCCCCCGAGAUAGUGACCAGCAAAGCCGACCGAAGAGCCAGAAGCAGGCUAGGAAGUCGUUCAACGAUGUCAGAGGGCGGCCUACCACGGCAACCAUAGAUGAACCACAGUCUCCGCCUUUAGAAUCGCGAACUUCGACUGCGUCCAAUGGAACAUCCCUGACUACUCCAGCUUAUCGCCAGUCCGAGUCCUCAAGGUCUGAUGCCAGUUCCACUGACAAUGCCUUUCUGUCAAGUCCCAACACCACUCCGAAGAAGACGCCAGCAUCUUCCAUCUUCCGGUUAAAAAGAAUGAGGAAAACACCAGAUUCUCUUUUCCCUCUAGCACACUUGCCACAAAAGAGCAAGGGCGGGGUCGUUGCGCAGUCGGCAUCCUCGUUGAACGUGGCCGCCACACCCCGCCCAGCUUCUUCGCAAAGUGCCACGACCCCCAAAGCGAACCUUGACGGCACAGAUAGCAGGCAAGGCUCGCAAACUUCAACAAUUGCUGCCCUGCAGACAGCGGCAGGCCGCUCUGGGCAGUCAUCACCCACCAGGACCAGUGUGUUGCGCGGGCGUUCCUCUACCAUGAGCUCGCUAGGACGCAAUUCUACUGACGACCACCUCACACUCCCGCAAGCCGGGACAUCAACAGGUCGAAAGAGCUUUGGAGACCUGUUGGGUAUAAGCCGUCUUCGUCAAAACUCGGACCUCGCACGUCAAGGCACUCUUACUCCAUUAACACCCGGCUCCGUCCCUUCAAAUCAUAAUUCGUUUCAGCUGAGCCGCGAGACUGUAACUUUACCCGACAGAAAGAAUGACGAGUCCGCAACCAAGUACUUGGAACGCCUGGAAGCCGAUGUCCCUCGCGGCAUUCUUGCGGCAAGCUUGGCCAAAAGUACGGAUCUUUUUCUCAGCACAGUCUUGCGGAGCUACAUGAGACGCUUCAGUUUCUUCGGUGACCCCAUGGACAUGGCCUUGAGGAAGCUUCUCAUGCAGGCUGAGCUUCCAAAGGAAACGCAGCAAAUCGACCGAUUUUUGCAGGCCUUUGCAAACAGAUACCAUGAAUGCAACCCAGGCAUUUACUCUUCCCCCGACCAAGCAUACUUCAUCGCAUUUUCGCUGCUUAUUCUUCACACCGAUGUAUUCAACAAGAAUAACAAACAUAAGAUGCAAAAGUCGGAUUAUAUCAAAAAUACUCGCGGAGAGGGCAUCUUUGACGAUAUCCUGGAGUGCUUCUACGACAAUAUAUCAUACACUCCGUUCAUUCACGUUGAGGAUGAUUUAGACUUGGGUACCGAACGAAAUGCGACUAUAAAGUCGAAGCGAAAGCCUCUUAUUCCCGGACCAGGCGGCGAUACCGCUGUUCGCGCAGCAAAGGAGCCUAUCGACCCGUACACACUCAUUUUCGAAGGUAAUCUUGACCCUCUACGACCGAACUGGAAAGAUGCAAUGUGCUUGGAAGACCACUUCAAUUACCUCGGUACAGCAACCUCCUUAAAUAUGAACGAUCUACAGAAGACCUUCUUUCGCACAGGUGUCCUGCAAAUUGUAUCGCCCAGAUCUCGUCCCGACGCAUUUAUGUCUGAGAAGACCGCUACCAAUCCCCAAGAGGCUCAGCAAGGUAUUGUCGACAUCAAAAUCACGAAAGUCGGCUUGCUCUGGCGCAAGGACGCCAAAAAAAGAAAAACUCGUUCGCCUUGGCAAGAAUGGGGCGCCAUCCUCACCGGCGCUCAGCUGUACUUUUUUCGCAAUACAAGCUGGGUAAAAGGUCUAAUGCACCAAUAUGAAAAUCACAUCAAGGCUGGCCAUGACGAAGUCCCUAUCAUUUUCAACCCUCCGCUUUCUGAGUUCAAGCCGGAUGUAUUAAUGUCCACGCAUGGCGCAGUCGCCUUGCUGGAUACGACAUACAAAAAGCAUAAGAAUGCAUUCAUCUAUGUGCGGCAAGAGGGGCUCGAUGAGGUGCUCCUCGCCGACAAUGAAGAUGAGCUGAAUGACUGGCUGGCCAAGUUAAACUACGCUGCUGCCUUUAGGACAUCGGGCGUGAAAAUGCGCGGCAUUGUCGGCGGAAACUAUGAUGGACAAGGCAGGAGAGGCAUGAGACGGCUCGAUAGCUCCGACGGCAUUCAACUCGUCCAGACGCCUACAGGACCCGUCACGAUAGCUCGGGGCAAGAUCGACCACAAAAUGGCUGAAGACAUUCAAAUUGCACGGCGCAGAUACAUGCAGGUCCAGAUAGCCGAAUCGGAUCAAAAAGUCGAGGAGGCCCAAAAACAACUCGAAGAGCAGCUACGGAAUGCUCGCCAUCUUCAAAUACUAGCCCCCAUCCAGCCGAGGACACGAGACAGUCUGCUGUCUGCUGCGGCUCGCAUGAGCGCACAGCUUAAGUGGACUCGCAUGCGGAUCUGGAAAGAGACUUGCCACCGAGACAUCUUGCUCCAAGACUUCAAUGAAGAACUCCCAGCAUCCCCAGCCUUGUCGACGCCGAACAACAAGCAGGAUUUGGAGCAGGCUGGAUCCCCAACCCCUAAGCCUCCUGUUGUCAGAACAGAAUCGAAAGACAACAAGCAUACCACGAACGAAAACGGCCCUGUCACCCCUACAGAACCCUCCAUUACUCAGUUCUCCAACCUACAGGGUACCCCGAAGGAUGGUGAGGCAUCCCAAGAAAACGAGGUUGACGCGGUGUCUUUCACAAGCGCCGCAUCGCCGAUACGGACCCCGGUCUCAAGCCCCAGGCCAAAGUGGACACGGCCCCAAAGCGAGCAAGAGAGUGUGCGACGCAAGUCAACCAACUUGGACGAGAUGGACGCUGAAGAGCAGGAUCUACUGAGGCAGGCAGGGCUGCUUGAAAGACGAAGGAGUAAAGCCGCUGAUAAAGCAAAUACUGCUCUGACCGACUCAACAGAUGCACUGGCCGAACGCGACAGACUGGAGAGAACGAAGGUCCGCCGCAGUCUCCAGCGUACUCUUAGGGAGAGUGCUGGCCACCUGUCUCAUCACAGAAGCAAGAGAGGGAGAGAGCCUGAUUCUACUCGAGCGGAGGAUACUGGGAGAGAAAGCAUAUUAUCACGCGGCGCGGGUAGCUUUGUUGUCCACGGCAAGAAGGCUUCAGUCAUAAAUUUGGGCACUGAAAUCCAAAACAUGUCCAAUGACGACAAGAUCGUUGCACUGAAACUUCAGCAUCAAGGAGAUCAACCACCAUCCCCUAGCCUGAGCUAUGGAGGCGACGAAGACUUUCAUUCUGCAAUUGAUGCCUCAUCAGAAGGCGCUGAAUCGCGUGGUCGACGAGAAUCUGCAGCAAGCACAAAUACAGCCACUGCGCUCAGCUUCAGAGAGCUUCACCGGAAAUAUUCAUCAGCGCAGGCUGCUAGAAUUGUUUCCGCUGGCGGACGUCUUGCAAUACCAUCCGAUGGUGAGAGUGAAGUUGCCGUGAGUUUUUCAGACGGGCGGAGAUCAUCACUACCGCCUAUUGAAACCGAAUCUGAAGAGGAAGACUUUGAAGUAAACACAAAUGGGAAGUCUGUCACAGAAGCGGCGCAUGACCCAAAGUUCGAAAAUAGCUUGGAUAGCGAUAGGGCUAGUGAAGAAGCCGAGGAAAAAGAUGAGGUCGAUUCGAGCCAAGACUUGGCAAAGCUCGCCAGCCGUGCACUGCAAGUGGCAGAGGCAUAG